AUGAUGGAAAGUCAUUUGGCAUUACAUUGUGAUAAAGCUCUGAAUCAUUUAGUUACCUAUUAUCUUUGUUUAAUUGCUAAGAAAGUUAAAAAACUUACUUCAGAUAGUGAUGAUCAAUAUGAAA